UCACUGACAAAGCGAGAGUGUUCAGAGAGGUUGCUAUGCUGUUGCUAUGGGGUUUUGAUUGGGUAACUUUAAUGGAAAUUCGUUGAAUGUAAAUCUGUGGGAUUUUUGAGCUUUUAAAGUCUGUACGCUUUUAAAAAUAACACCACACCGCUCCUUGACGCGCCGCGCCGCGCUAUUCGAGACACGGGUAAGGGACGAAUCGCGCCCAAAAGUUUUGGGUUCAUGAAAUAUGUGAAACAUUUAGAAAUGCGGGUUUAUUUGACUCACUCACAGCACGAGCGAUAGCGAUAGCGACGAAACGCCAAUGAACAUCGUGCGCUGGUUUAUCACGAGGGACGCCGCGCCGCGAUUCGUCCGCGGCGUUUUCGCGCGCGCGCUCACCGUUUCCUCACAGCUGUGUAGACAAGCGGAGCGCGAGCACCGAGGAGCCGCAGAGUCCGCCAGUAUGUCUCGAGCCAUUCUCGGCGCGUCAACGCACGCGAGCCGAGUCCGUUCGCGACUCCCGCGCGUCGUUUUCUAGAGCACAAGAUGGACGAGUCGUCGCUGCUGGAUCUGCUGGAGUGUUCCGUAUGUCUUGAGCGGCUGGACGCGAGCGCGCGCGUGCUACCCUGUCAGCACACCUUCUGCCGCCGCUGCCUCGAGAACAUCGUCAGUUCCCGCCACGAGCUGCGCUGUCCCGAGUGCCGCAUCCUGGUUGACUGCGCGGUCGAUGAUUUACCGGCCAACAUCCUUCUGGUCCGGUUACUGGAUGGGAUCAAGCAGCGGCCGCGGAACGGCGGAGGGAGACCGUCGCUGGCGGGAUGCGCGGCCGGGGUCUCAGCUUCGCCCCCGGGGACGGCUGUGAGGGACCUGCCCGUCGCCACGCGCAGCUCUCCGGUUAAGAAUGUUCCUCAGUUACCGUGUGGUAAAGCACUUUACAGCUACGAGGGAAAAGAGCCGGGUGACCUGAAGUUCAACAAGGGAGACAUCAUCAUUCUGAGACGGAAGGUGGAUGAGAACUGGUAUCACGGGGAGCUGAACGGAAGUCAUGGUUUUCUGCCGGCCAGUUACAUUCAGUGCAUCAGACCGCUGUCUCAGACGCCUCCGCAGGGAAAAGCUCUCUAUGACUUUGAGGUUAAAGAUAAAGAUCAAGACAAAGACUGCUUGACCUUCACUAAGGAUGAAAUCCUGACUGUCAUAAGAAGGGUGGAUGAUAACUGGGCAGAAGGCAUGCUGGGAGAUAAGAUUGGGAUUUUCCCCAUCCUGUACGUUGAAUUGAAUGAGACGGCUAAGCAGCUGAUGGAGAUGGAUAAACCCACCCUGACGCCGGGUCCCAGCACUGACCCGUGUAGUCCCGCGGCGGCUCCGUGUCCUGGACCUAGCGCCGCCGUGAGCUGUAAUGGUAGCGCAGGCGUUCACAGACGCGUGGAGGGCAAGAAAAACGCAAAGAAGCGUCACUCGUUCACGGCUCUCAGUGUGACGCAGCGCACGGCGCAGGUGAUGGGAAACACCAGACACUCGAUGGAGAUCAGCGCUCCCGUCCUCAUCAGCUCCUCUGAUCCCCGAGCGGCCGCCCGUAUCCCAGACUGUCCGCAUCUCUCCUCCAGCGCGCCAACAACACAACAGGAUUGUUCUGUGACAUCAGCGCCAGGAGUUUCUUCACGCGUCACCUCAACAUCAGGAGAUCUGCUCGCUGCCACUAAAGUCCAGCUUCCUCUAAACAUUUAUCUGGCCCUGUACGCUUAUAAACCCCAGAAAGCAGAUGAGCUGGAGCUGAGGAAAGGAGAGAUGUACCGCGUGAUGGAGAAAUGUCAGGACGGAUGGUUUAAAGGAACGGCCAUGCGCUCGGGAGCAUCUGGAGUUUUCCCGGGAAACUACGUCACGCCUGUUUCCAGGGCUCCGUUUGCAGUGGGUCAGACUCGAGCGUGUGUUUCAGACAGAAUGACGUCAGCUCCUGGAUCACCGGGUUCUACAGGCCCCUCGAGUCCCGUUCUGCUGCCGUCUGCGUCACGAUCCAGCACACCUCUCAACAGCCCGUCAUCACCGCAGCUGCAGCACGCAGCCAUGCAUCUGAAGAACUGUCUGCGCAGUCAACAAGCUGUCAAUCAAACUCGCUCGCCCAAGCAGUUAGUUCACAGUCCGGAGCGAGUCCCGUCAGGUGUCAGUCCUCUCAGAGCUCAGGCCAGCCCCUCACGCUCGCCCUGCUCCAGUCGACCUCUCUCGAUGGUGGCGGCUCCUCAGUCUCACUCUUCCCAUCAGCCCGCUCCUCUCUGUCCAGCGUCUGUACGACCUCUCGUACCUCUGAGCUCCGCCGCCGCCGCCAUCACACCGCCCAACAUGAGUGCAGCUCAUCUGAACGGAGGAGACGCACCCGUCUGUCCGCUGUCGUCCUCAUCCCCCGCACACGCACACACCGCCGUCACAGGAUUCCACAAACUCGAAGAGAAAAAGAAAGAGAAGAAGAGCAGUGGUUUGCUCAAACUGCUGUCUGGAGCUGCAGCAAAGAAGAAAUCUCGCUCACCUCCGUCCGUGUCUCCGACACAUGAUCCGCGCGUCCCGUCCGUCAAGCCCUCGUCGUCCUCUGUGCAGGGUGCCAUGGCUCCGGAGCUGAGGUCAGCAGGAGGUCACGGUCGGGCCGGGUCCUGUCCCAUCGAGAGCGAGAUGCAGGGCGCUAUGGGCAUGGUGCCUCUGCACAGAAAGUCCGGCUCGCUGGAUCUGAACUUCUCUGUGUCUCCACCGGCACGCCAGCCCUGCUCGUCCUCCCCGCUUGCCAUCAGACCUGAACCCAAACCCUUAUCCAGAGACAGGUAUCGCGUGGUGGUCCCGUAUCCCCCGCAGAGUGAAGCCGAGAUAGAACUGAAGGAGGGCGACAUCGUCUUCGUGCACAAGAAGAGAGAAGAUGGCUGGUACAAGGGAACGCUGCAGCGGACGGGCCGAACGGGUCUGUUUCCCGGGAGCUUCGUGGAGAUCUUCUAAAGAAACCCAUCAGCCUGCAGCGCCACGUGAAUGAUGUCACGGUGGUGAUGUCACCGUGUCCGAGCAGAACAAGCAUCUUUACUGCCAUUUCCUCUCACGGAGCCAUCCUACAUGCACACGACACUUUCCAUGCAUCCGGUUUACGCUGCUGUUUCUUUACCAAGCACAAAUCUGAAGAACUGGGACAGCACACGGUAAACACCUUUAAAACACAUCAAACAGACAAAUCAACUCAUUCCAGUUUGAUACAAUUCUAGAGCAAAAACUCAACUGUUGAACCAAAGUAAGACAAAGGAUUUGAACAAUGAACAGAUGUUUUUAUUCAGUUAUCCACAUGAAGAAAACUGUAGUAUACUUGACUAUUUACUAUAGUAAACUGUACUGCAGUACGGUAAUCAGACUAUAGCGAAUGUAGUAAAUACUGCAGUGUAUGUUAACAUUUACUAUAGUAUCUAGAUUAGUGUAUUAAGUAUACUACAGUAUUUAUUCUUGUGUGUACAUUAGGUUUUUAACUAACUUCAAACCAGCGUUUGCUCUCAAAGUAGCUUAUGAGCUUCAUCUACAGCCCUGUUACAUAUGACACCAAGAACUUGAUGUUUGUUGAUGUGAAUUAAUGGGUUUUAAGUGAUUUUGGUAACAUUGGUGAAGGUUUUCUUGUUUACUCUGCUAAAGAACACAAAGAUUUCAGAUGCUGUGUAGUCCCUAUUCAUGGAAAGUGCAACAUGUUGUGUUUUUACUGAAUUCUGCCGAACACACACGCACACACACACGCACGCACGCACGCACGCACGCACACACACACACACACACACACACUUGUAUCUGGAUUGAGGCUCAGUGAUGUCUUUGAUAUGGAGAAACAGAAGUGUUUGUGUUUAUAGCGCCCUCUGCUGUGCGUGGAUCAAACUUCAUAAACUGAAGUGAAAUCCAGCAGAUGAAAUUUUUCUUACAGCCGCUCACACGUCAUUCGUGUUCGCAACACUCGAUCUGGUGUUUCAUGAAGAGCAGAUCUGAAUGAUGAUGGCACAAUACAGAUGUGAUAUUGAGUGAAUGUAAUGAAUGAAUCGCAUGAACACGUCCAGCUCAGAAAUUCAAUUCAGUUUUAUUGAUAUAGCGCUUCUCACAAUGUGCAUUGUUCUAAAGCCGCUUUACAGGAGAAAAUAAGAAAAACACAGCACAGUGCAUGGUGUAUAGUGCAAUCACUAUAAAUCCGGUGAAAUCUGUUAUUUCUAUUCUGCAUUAAGAAAAGUAAGCUUCAAUUCAGGAACAUACAUUUUUCUUGCAUCUGUUACAUUAUAUUUACAUGAUAAAGUAAGAUGUGUAUCAUUUCUGCAGAUAAAAGCAACACAAUGUUGUUUUGGAUUGAGUGGUGGGGGGUGAGUAACCUGUCCUGGAUGUUUUCAUGAGAUUCUUUCAGUUCUUUAUGACCGUAAACGUUUACAGAGUUGUGAAACUAAAAUGUGAAGCACAAAGUCUCUUAUUCAUUUUCUAUGAUGGUUGUUUCUUUAAAACUGUGUGUGCAUGCAUCAGAGUUUACAGCAUCAGACGUCUUAACAAAUCCAGAGAAUUUAAGGCCUUGAGAAGAGUUCUGAGCCGUCAGGUGACGCAUUUUUCAGGCCAGCGAAAUGGAAACUCACGUGAGACCUUGAAGCACAAACUCAGUGAAGCACAUGCAGAAGUCAGAAGAGAAGAUGUUCAUGUACACGAGCUUACUGACAUUUACACAACCAGCAGUGAACACAACACAUUUCUGCUUCAUUCUGGGACAGAUGGACGUCUUUGGACACUUCACACCAUAAAACACAGAGUUUAAAAACAGGUCUAAAGUUUAUUUUAUUGGACGAGAGCAUGUGUUUGUAGAAAGCGCCCUGUGUGAUGGUUGGAUGUGAAGACGCACGUCUGUUCAGUGUUGAAUCUGGUGAUGGAGCGCAUCAUUCAGUGUUGACGUCCAUGACACAACGGCCUGAACUUCUGACUUUCUCUCUACUGCUUUCGAUGGAUUCCUCCAGUGUUAAUGCUUUGUUUCUCAUGCUUCUGUAUGUCGUGAUCAUUUCCACACGGCUGUUUUGUAUUCGCACAUGUUGGAGAUGAGUGAUGGAGAUGUCAGUCACAGGUGCUGCUUUUACUCUUGAACAUGUGUUACCAGCAUCCACUGAGAAACAUUCACACAAAUCUCAAUCUGUCACGUUAUUCUCACCCUCGUGUGCACUUAAUCCUGCAUUAUGUUCUGAAAGCACAAACUUAAUUUCAUGCAAAUAUCAUAAAUGGUGUGAAAUAUUCCUGAAACGGAAUCGGUUAUUUGCUGAAGAUUGUUCUUUAACAGAACACUGGAGAGUUAACGAGAUGAAAACAAUGUGACACUGACACUCAGUAUUUCAGAAGAUGUUUAACGAUUAUUCCGUUUAUUUUCUCUUUGUGUUUGCCAGAAAAAUAACAGUGUAGCCUACAGGUUUGAAGGACGUGAGGGUGAGUUAAUGAUGAUAGAAUUGUAAUUUUGGGCUGAAUUAUUUCUUGACAGCAUGUGAUCUCAUGUCUGAUAAUCUGUGGAUUUUGGAAUAGAGUUUAUAUUAUUAUUAUCAUGUAUUUAUACGCUAUUGGUGCUGGAGUGGAGAUGUUGAGGAAUAUUUCCUCAUGAAACUUCUCUCUGCUAUUUGACAUUGUAUUCAUUUGAACAUUGUCUUAUAAACAGAUUAUGAUUUGUUUUCUUUCAUGUCGGGUACAUUUUAGCAAUAAAUGCCUUUUGUUUCAAACAUGAUGAUGUGUGUUAUUCAGACAGGAACACUUGUCAAACAGGACAUUUAUGAAAAAAAUCUGUAUGCAAGCGUCGGCUGUGAUG